GUGAUGGGGCCGGGGCUUCGAGAUUCCCCUUUCUUGCUGCGCAGGGGGAGCCUGCAAAAGGACGCCCCGGUUCAUGAACUCCUCGAAGGAAAAGGAAUGUUCCAGUGGAGGAAAGAGCCAUCCAAGUGUCAAGGAACUAAAGAAAUCGCCACCCCAUGUAAGACCCUCUUCCAGCAGACCAACCAAAAAUGUUUCUACUACUUCAGAAAAGAGUUGCUGUCAGGCUACAGAAAACAGGCAGACAAAUAUUCCCAGCAAAGAAAAAAACUGGUUUUCUGAAGGUCACCAACAAAACAGAAUAACAAAUGUUUGCACUUCCUCAUAUAGAACGCCAAGGUUAAAAAAGGAGCCUCUGGUUAGAAAGCAUUAUGAGGUCAGCCAGAGCAAAAUCCCAUCUGCGUUUAAGGAUAUCUCGUGGAGUGAUUCCAGCAAGACCGGAGAUGUGCUGUUCCAGAGCUUUUAUUGCAAACCACAAGGCAAUUCAGAGAGAAACUCUGGAGGGCAUCCUGAUGGAGCCUGCUCCUACAGCCCUAUAUAUCAGGGUGCAUCUGCUGAUGCAAUGUUUCUUGACAUUAAAUCCAUGCGGAUUUUGAAAGAGGAUUCCGAUGAGGACAGUGCCAGUGAUCUUUCUGACUCUGAGAGAGUUCCCAUCCCGCCUUCGCCUUGCACACCGCCGAAGCUCGACCUCCGAGCAGAAGAAAUCGACCCGCUUUGCUUUGAGCACCUCUUCGACGCAAAAGUUAAGCAGCCUGACUACUAUUACCCCGACCUCCUUCCACCCCCUUUCAACACCUGGGACUUGAAAGGGCUCGCGGCGUUCGUUAACAUAGAGUGCAAGUCGGAGCCGCAAACGGAGCCGGUGGGAUUCCUUGAGACGUACAUUGAUCGGCUUUUGGAGCUGGAGUGGCUGCAGAUGCAAACAGUCCAAGCCGAGAAAGGGAAGGCGGCCAAAGCUAGGCCUCAGACUGCUCCGAGUGCCCUUCGGACCUUGAAAAGUCCGGGCAAAAGCAAAUCUUUGCACAGCCCUUUGCCGAAUAAACAGUUGACUCCCCACGACAGCUUUCUAAGACUCCCCGCUGGCCAUUCAGGUCCCAGGAGAGACUUUCACGGGGAAAGAACCAGCCAGUUUCUUCCCUACGAGGGUCAGCCAAAAGCAGUUGAAGCAGCGCGUAGCUCAUCAGCCCAGCAGGGACGGCCUUGCGAAGUGAGGAGUGAGGCAAAAAAGCGACCUAUCACCAAACAGAAGCCUGCCACUAGGUACCCUUCUGAGAGCAGCUCUAUGAUCCAGGGAGCUGGCAACAUUAGGCCCCCCAAGUCACCCUCCUCACCCCAUGGUUCAGCAGCCCCCCUCAAGGGACUAUCAUCCCACGUUUGCGCAAAUCCCAAGAAGAAUGGGAAUGCAAAUAAUUUCAUUCCUUCCAAAAAAGCUUCAACGGACAAGAAGCUAAAAGCAAAUGGUGUGAAGCAACCAUCGUGUAAAUUUAAAUAACGCUGUCUAGGCUUAUUAUCCUUACUGCACUAGGACUUAGAAACCUUUCCUGUGAGGAGCAAAAAGCUAGAAUAUUGGUUUAGGAACU